GGUGCAUCAUCAUUAUUGGUCCCCGGCAGCUCACUUCCGUUGCGGCUUUUUUUAUUUGCAUCCUUUUAUUUUUGCAGUAAGUAAUUUUUUUUUUAUUGCAUCGCCACUCUUUGUGUCAUUAACUUCCGUUGUGUUUUUUUUUAUCUGCACCGUUUCUUUUUUUAUUUGCAGUGGGUUUCGGUUUCUUUUUCUUUUUCUUUUUUUUGCAUUACCACUUUUUUGUGUCAUUUACUUCCAUUCAGUUUUUUUUAUUUAUUUAAUCUGCGCUGUUUCUGUUUUUAUUUGCAGCGUUUUUUUGUGUUUUUUUUGUAUCAGUAACUUAUGUUGUGGUUUCUUCCUUUUGCAUUCUUUUUUAUUUGCAGCGGUGUUUUUUUUAUUAUUUUAUUUGCAGCAGUGGCGGUUCUCGGCCACCGUACAAAAGUAUAGGGGUAAAUAGACACGAAGUGCACAGAGAUAUAAUUUGAUUUUUUUGUCCAAUUGACAAUCGUAGGCUACAGUAUUUUUCAUAUGCAAGGACUGGUGUACCGUCUGCCUCUGGUCUAGCGUGAUGCCAGUUAAGUUUAUCACGAGAGUGGGUUAUUUGGGCUAAAUCACGGCUCGUGGCAUAGGAGGGAUUAUCUGCAAAAUGCCCGCGCCUGAUGACAGAUGGCAAAAGACCCACUGUGUCAAACAACAUAGAUUGGGGUCAGUGCUGGAUAAUGUGCGUUUCCUUCCUCCUCCACUUUGUUUAUGUAGCCACACGCAUGGAGGAGGCCAGAGCAACGUGGCACAUGCAGGCCCUUUUCAGGAGGCACCAGCACUGGCACACCUGGCUCUUCUGUCUGAUGGUCCAACAUCAAGCUCCAGCUUGUUCAAAUUGGAGAUUGAUGCGUAAUUAAUGGCCUGAAUGCGCCAAUUCAUCGGUCUCACUUCGUCUGCGUUUGAACACUGGGUGAAAAAGAAUGGAAAUACAUCUGGGCUUGUCCAGGGCAUGGCACAACCCGUGCCUUUCUUGAAUCCCUGUAAUUCCCCUUUUUUGCAUACGACUCGAACCACAGUGCGCGCACUUGCUGCUCGUGGCCGCGCCCAGGUUUUUUGCUUUGCAUCUCGUCAAAACAAAGCGGGGGCGAGCUAGAGAGCGAGCAAGCACACGGCGCUGCAUGCUCCAUGAAUGAGUCCCCCUCCACCGCAUCGCAGGUCGGACCUUACAGCCGCCUGCACCCUGAUGCCCGCGUGGGUGCGCAGACUGGCGAGGAACACUAGAGGAGCCAGCCGUGAAUGAUUCCGGACAGCAAACACAUCCAGCCAGUGCUACAUGACCGAUUCAUCCCUUCAGGAGCAACACAGGAUACGGCACGGUGAGUGGAGGCUACAGUGGGCGGGCAGAGGCGCAUGACAUACGGCAACUUUGUGGCCAUUAUGAUCCAGUUCUUCUCCAUAGGUGGACUUUGUGAUGCGUGUCCACAUCUCUGUGCGUGAUCAUGAGACACGUUGUUUACAAUGCUUCAUUCUCGCCUCCACACAGGUAAAAAAAAUAGAGAAACCUCCACGUACGCACGACUGGCUUAUACAUUCCUCCCUCUAGGACAAACGUGGACUCUAGACUGCAUGUCUGGUCGAUUGAUUGUUCAUCUUGUACCGAUUAAACAUGUGACCGUGAAGCUGCGUAUCAAUAGGCCAGAAAAGCAACAGAGAGUAAUAGAAAUUAAAGUGGCAUCGAUCUGACUGUAGUCGCCCCUGGGAGACAAGGAGGAGGAGGAGGAGGAGGAGGAGGGGUGAUCAAAAGCAGUUGUGCCCGGGCUGGCGUGGCUUGGCAUGACCAACCGUCUGUGUGUGUGGCGUGCGUCUGUGCCUCAGACUGAGGUGUGAUCUUACUGCGGUGUAAGUGCAGGUCAGUCCUUCUGAAAACACAUAUGCUUUCAGUGGAAGAUAGGGGAGCUUCUAGUGUGUCUUUGUCUGAGGAGUGACAGCCCAGACUGUUGUUCUCCCCUCUGACCAGGGGAUGGUGCUUUACUAUGUACAGUAUGUUUCAAUGGGGGGAGACACCCAAACAGACUAUAAUACUCAAAGAAAUACUCCAUCAUGGCUUCCCUGCUUUUACUGGAAAAGCUCACACUCCCUUACUGUAGCUGUAGGCCUACAUGUACUAACACGUAUUUCCCCAUUUGUUCUCUGAUGCAAUGUGUGAGUGGAUCACUUCUGCUUGCAAAACACUCCUUCUUUUGGUUGAAAUAACAGUCAGUGACAGAGAAAGGAAACAGAAAGCACUCAGUUUUUUUUUACCCCUCCUUUGAGAAGGUCAUGAAUCUGUGUCUUGAUGAUCUUAUAGUGGCUCUUUUACUGUAAGUUAGACAGUAAUCUGUAUUUGUCAUGUAUGUGUCAGAGCCUCAGACAUUCUUCACUGAUGCCUCACCCAUAUGAUCUCUCCUGUGCUUCAUCUGCUUCUGAUGACCUGUUCGCUUUCAAUCAAGCCUUAAUAACCAUUCCUCCUUAUUUGGCUGUUUUAUGUUUCAGAUGCUUGACGGACUUCGGCGGAGGCACGCCUCUCGGCCCUCCUCCAGACCCUCCUCCCGCCCCUUGUCACUCAACUUCAGCACCUUUUCAGCCCCUCCCCCGAGCCCAGACAUGGACACCAGCAGUGAGCAUCCAAUCAGGAGGUAAAGGCUCAGUUCCUGAGAUUAAAAUUUCACAACAUACAGCAUCCUGGAAAAUGCAUGAAAUAUAAAUGAGGGUUCAUGAAAAUCCCACCAGCUCUCCUCCCCGAGGAUUUCAAUUAGCUGCUUAGCUUUGCUUUGCAGCAUGUGUUGACCAAAUGAUAAUGAUCUCCUGGUGGGAUGUUUGCUUGACCCAUUUCCUCAUGUCUUACCAAGUCAUUAAUUUGUACAUUUGCUUUCCAUGUUUUUUUUCAUGUCUGCGUGUACCUCGGUUUGGCAGGGUUGUUGUUUACUCUCUGCGCUGUUAGACUGUGUGGCUUCAAAAUCAUUCUUCCAUCUUCAUCUCAGUUAGCUCUGCCCCUGAACCCCUACAGAAUAGCUCUAUGAUGAGAAUGAAAUAUACAUGUAUGUACUUGUAUGUAUAUAAGACACAUAGUUCAACAAGUUUAAUAUUUACAGGACUUUAAAACAUCCAAAACACAUUAAAUUUGACCACUUACUUCCACUUCCAUUCUAUUGUCUGAAAAGUAGAUGUUAAGCAGCAGCCUGUUACAGCUGGCCUCGCACUGUUGUUUAAGGUAACACAGUCAAAUCAUAUUCAUAUUUCUACAGUCAAUGCCAUUUAUUAGAGAGCAGGUUAGCCAAUGGAUGAUGUACAAAACUAACUUUUUCACCAUUACUCAACAGCAGAUUCACGUGAUUGUGAUUUAUUUUCUAGACCACAGGCAUUGACCAGAUGUACCUUUUAAUCAGUCUAACUUAAUGCCUAUUUUUACCUUUUGGUAAAUACUGAAGUGUAAAAGGCAGGUGUUGUGAUGGUGAGGGUGUUUUAUUUUGCAGACUUCAGUACCUCCCUGGAGUCUCCGCUUAUUCUCUGGUAGUUUAAAGUCAAACGAAGAAACAGUCCAAUACAUAGGCCAGUGUUUAACCUCUCUACAGGACAUGGUAGCUGUUUCAUGUCUACAGUCUUUAUACAGAGCUAAACCUGAUGUCUGUAACUUUGUCUUUGGUAUGUUUAGAGUGGCAUGAAUCCUUUAAUUUUCCUGCUGCACUGAAGUAAAUAAGAGUUUAUCCCUGUAUUAGAUAUUUGACCUUCACCUCUUAAUAUUCAGUGACCUGACUUUGUUGUGUCAGUCAUUACAAAAUAUGCUGUGCAGCCAAACCGUUGCUCAAAUUCAUGAUGUUUAUAUAUAUAUAUAUUUGUAGAUAACUGUGAUUUGCAAAGAUACCAAACAUACCAAUUUGAAUUUGGAUGAAAGUGUUCACAGUCAUCAGCAGGUCUGCAGAAUUUCCACAAAUGUAUGAUUAUUCAAAUAAUUGUUUUUAAUUUUCGCUGAAUGGAAACAUCUAAGUUUUUAAUCAAUAGCUCUUUAAGCUGACCGGAAAUAUUUGUGUAACUCUACCCGAUUUACUCCCCCAGAUUUUAAGCUGUUCAAGUGCUCAUUAAACAGGAAGAAAGUGGCUGUUUGAACUCUCAAAUAUCAAUAUAACUGAGAUCCAGUUUCAAUCUGCCGUCUUUACUUUUGUCAUCCUGCACCAGCUGUGCUGAAUAUGGGAGAGCAGGAAAACCUUUUUCAUUGUCCUGCAUUGUGUCACUGCUUCCUAUCCCUGUUGUUGUCAAUAAGCUGGAGGACUUCCUCCUCCAACAUCUCUCUGUACAGUGACAAGCACAACAAAGACCCCACUGCUUUAGUCUGCUCAUUCUGCAGUUCUGUGGCAUCUGUGCUUUGCAUAAAUAUUUGUUUGCAUCAAUGGUGGUAUUGUGCUGAAAGACAGGCAGAGAAUAGAGGAAGAAUAUGCUCCCAUCAGUGUUUGCGCUAUUGUUUUCUGCUUUUUCUGAGACCUGGGCCACCUCUCGGCUUGGCUCCACCCAUCCUGCUCUUAACAGGCUGCCCCUUUUUCACCAUGCAUCAUUCUGUCCUACUUCUCUCAUCCUCUGUCACUGGCCGCUCUUUGUGUUGUCAUUGUACUUUUCUCCCCUCUGCGUAUUCUCUCAGAAUCACUCUGCUUAUGUUCCUCUCUUUCCCUCCGGCUAUCUCCUCGUGUUUCUUCUCUGUGUCACUGUAUGUCAGCUCGUAGCUCGACCUUCUUUCUCUCCUGUCCUGUACUAAGUGCACACUCUGUUUCCCCCUCAUGAGAACUCUGCACCGGCUGAAGCUGAUGAGCUCCCCCAGCCUCAGUGAGCUGGGGAAAAGUGAAAAAAGUUCACCAGAGGACAGAGGGGAGAAGCAGAAGAGGGCAGGAGCAAACGCCACCUGGAACAGGUAACACUUCAACAUGGAUGGAUGCAAUUAGAUGCUUUAAUACAUUUUACUGAUAACCCAGAGCUGUUUGUGUGUGUGUGUCUUUGUUGUAGCAUCCAUAAUGCUGUGAUAGCAGUCUUCCAGAAGAAGGGUCUGGCAGAUAAUGAACUCUACGUCCUCAAUGAAGGCGUCCGGUAGGUUCAGAGACAGCAGUGAAAACAUCCAAACAGCACAGAGAGAAAACCUUAUUUCAGUCUGUUGAUGUCAUUUUGAGCUGUAAUACGUAUAAUUACUGUUUGUCCUGCAUUUGCUGGACUUGUGAAUGAGUUUGUUUGUGUGUACUGUACUGUACUGUACUGUAUGUGGGCCUGGGGAGUCAUGUGGUCCUGCCAGAUAUCUCAUUAUCUGCCUAAACCAGACUCAUCGCUUUCAUCACACCAGCCUCCGUUGUAGCCAAGGAGGAAUAUUUAGAUGUACAGAAAAGCUAAAUCAAGACGAGACUGACUCACCUCUCUCAAACUAAAACUCACGAUGCAUGAAAAAUGUAAAAAAUUGUUGAAAACUGUCUUCCUGAUGAUUUCUUACUCUUUUUAUGGCUGAUUAAGUGAUAUAUUUGUUUCUUCAGGCAUCUGUUGAAGACUGAGCUUGGGUCCUUUUUCACAGAGUACCUUCAGGUAGCAGACUUGGGUUUGGGGUUACAGUAUGGGGUUUCAUACCACUUUGUAGUGGUUCAGUCUCAGCAUAUUAUACUCAAACAUAUAUUUUCACUGUUUCACAGAAUCAGCUGCUGACAAAAGGCAUGGUCAUCCUUAGGGACAAAAUCCGAUUCUAUGAAGGUAUGAUCGAUUGCAUUAAUGAUAGCAGACCAUAAGACAUGGAUGCUAUAGAAUAUACAGCAAUACAUUUUAUUCCCAUGUGACGGAUGCAGGUCAGAAGUUGCUGGACUCUCUGGCAGAGACCUGGGACUUCUUUUUCUGUGACGUCCUCUCAAUGCUGCAGGCCAUCUUUCAUCCAGUUCAGGUACAAAACAGUCUAAUAAGUGCUCUGGUUUGAAGACAGACCAACUAUACAGCUCUCUCUAUAUAUAGUAUAUAAUGAUGAUUGUCCUUCAUUUCUGCUUUUUUUUUUCCUGUGUCCUUGUUACGCAGGGAAAGGAACCCUCUGUCAGACAGCUAGCUUUGCUCCAUUUCAGAAACACCAUCGUUCUGAGUGUGAAGUUAGAGGACGCACUAUCCCGACCUCGAGCCCGCGUGCCCCCCUCUGUUACUCAAAUGCUGCUAAUUCUACAGGUAGGACUGCAGCUCCUGAGGGAAACUUGACAACUUCUUUAUAUUACAGUCGCUGUUUAGGAAGCAUAUUAUGGUAGUUUGUGACAAAGAAGAAUAAACAUUUAUCACAGGUGAUUAGAAUAACAUGCUGUUUUGUUAACCUUUAAUUAGCUUUAAUAAAGAGCUCUGUUUCAAAACAUAAAUACGCAUACAAUACAUUACUAAGUCCUAAAAUAUCUCCUAAAAAGCUCAGAUAAAAUUUGUUAAAAAAAAAAAAAAACAGUUCAUCUUGUCAGAUCGAUUGACUGCUUUUAUUAUUGAGCAAUUUGACGUCUUGUUUUUUUAUGAUUGACCUGUUCUCAAUAAAUGCAAAAUUCAGUUACAAUAAAAUUAAAGCUACUAUGAGGAGUUUUUUGAUGUUUGUGAAAUAGACUGAAUUUCAUAUUGAUGCCCUUUCAUGACCUCCAAAAGCAAACAAGAUCAUCAGGGGCAAGAUUGAUGAUUUGUAUGUAGCAAUUUUUAAUACCAGUGUGAGGGGGUAGUUGUCAGCCAAACAGCUGAAAAAAAAGCCUGCUCUUCCAAUUUCCACAUAAGAUAUACUUAAUAAAUGAUAUGUUUAACCAUCAAAAGUCAGCAGGAUGGCACUUUUUCUAAUCAAAACACACUACUUUUAGAGUUCAAUCUGAUCAGGGACUGUUUUGUCCACAGGGGGCGCCAAAGUUGACACAAACUAAAGGUUUUUCACUAUAACUUUCAAAAUAAAAAUUUUAGAUUAGUUUAUGAAGCAUAGUUUGAACAAGCUUACAGAGUCUUUUUCAGAUAAAACCAGUAAACCUCACAGUCGUCACACAAUGAGAAGGAAAACAACAUUAGGAAAGUCUGUACCAACUUAUCUCAAGCAAUCUCCUCAAAUUAUGUUUUAGUUUACACUUAUUUUGAAAGUUUCUGGAUAUUUAGUCUUUAGUUUGUUUUUGGUAGUUUUUAGUCAUAUUUAAUGGAAACAUCAGUUCACACAAAUGCUCUCAACUCAAAAAUCAAUAAAAAUAGAAAUUAGAAUAGAAAAUGUGUUUGUUUGUAUAAAUAACUUAACCCAUGAAUCAGUCAUUGGAUGAAUCAACCCACGCAUGACUGGAUUUUCCUCUCUGUGUUCAGGGCGUCCAUGAGUCACGUGGUGUGAACGAGGAGUACCUGAGGCUUGAGUCUCUGGUUCAGAAGGUGGUCUCACCCUACCUGGGUACUCACGGGCUUUACUCUGGAGAUGGUGCUGAGGCCAAUUGCUGUGUCCUGGGUAAGACAAUGUGGGGAUUAAAAUACCAAAAACAAGAGCAGUAGUGGAGUGUGUCUGAGGCACCAUGCGAAUGAACCAAUCAAUCACGUCUUUCCCUCUCAUUUUUAGAGAAGUGUUUGCCGUGGGGCUGGCCAAAGUCUGCAGAUCAACCGUCUAAGAACCCAGUGGUACGAUCAAAAAGCUACAACAUCCCUCUUCUACUGACCCCGGUGGCAGAAUAUGACCCAGAUGCCAGCUCUGUGGGUAGUGGAGGAAUUAGGCGCCACUCAGCCUGUGAGAUCAUAUCAUGCCUGGAAGAACAAGGACUGGCCUACAGUGACCUGGCCUCAGGAUCUGAACUGUCUGGCCCCUCCUCCAACAGGCUGUGUGUGGCCUCACAGUUCAAUGGUAUGACACAGAUUAGAAUGCUUAUUCCCAUAGUCAUUAUUUAAAAAGAACAAUCUGUGAUUUUUCAAAUACCUUCUGAUUCACAGGUAUCCUACAAGCGGGUUCAAGCGCUUUGGACUUGCCUCUCUCCUCUCCGUCCAUCCUUCCCCUUCACUCUUCAGGAGCUCUGCACGGCACUGAGGCCACAACAACAAUGACUGAUCUCAGUAUGGGUGCAUCCUCCACACCGCCCAGUGAAUCAUCCAGCCCCGAAACCAUAAUUGGACAAGUGCUGGAGUCUGCAGACUCAGACUCUGAUGGGAUAUUUAUUGAUUUCCCUCCUCACUCCUCAGAGGCUCUGGGGUACAGCCGCGAGGGCAGACAGAGCACUGUGUAGCUGUGGUUGCCUUGAAAGUACCCACAGCGUGUGCAUUAAUAAUCUGUUAUUACAGAUUUAACAAAGCUACAUUUCAUUAAAUGGGUACCAUAUUUUUUUCUCUCUCUAUAGUACAAUUCUUUUCCAUGUCGUUUCCAUCUCAAAGUGCUUUCAACGAAGGAGUAAAGCCUCUCAAGCCUUUGUCCAGCAAAAUACAAAAACAAAUCAGAGGACUGAAUGUUUCAACAGGUUUCCAUUUAUAGGUUUUACUUCGUCUGAGUUUUUUUUUUAAUCCUGAGCUUUCAAAGAUUUUACCCAAACAAGUCACAUAAGGUUCUUAAGGGAUCUGAAGUCUGAUGACAUUUAAAGAUUUUCUUGUUGAUAUAAAUCCCAUGAAAAAAAACACACACAAAUUAACAGGAAUUUCAUUGUACUAGUUUAUCUCUAGCCAGAACCUGCCGACUAUUUCAUUGUUUGACUUUUUUUUUUAAAUCUAAAACUAAAAUCACAACAGUGAGCAUUGUGCCAAAUGUUUAAAUUGGCAGCUGUAAUUGUAUCCAACAAGAACAUGAAAAUUACCACACAUGGUUCUAUGAGAUAUUGUGGGCCUUUCUAAAUAUGAAGAUAUUUCUAAAGACAGAUUUUAAGAUCAAAUUCAGGGAUGUUUGAUCUCUUGUGUCACAGAGUUUUUCCUGGAGUUGGAAUAAUCUCCGCUUUCUGGGAAUUUAAAAACAAUUAACUUCAUGCUUUAUUAAUUUCAUGCUUUACAUGGUGAGGGUUUAUGUUGUUUUUUGACUGAAGUUUUGAUAAAGGAAAAAUAACCUUAACUGAGGUUUAUUCAGAGAGUCAGUUUCACACAUCUAAUGGAGAAAUGGAGUUAGAACCGACAUUUAAACAAAUGAAACAAAAGAAAGUUGCUUUCUUCCAGGUCUGUUUUAUAUUCAUGUAUUUUGGUCCCCACAACAGUUUUCUAUUUUCUGUUUAGGCUUUGUUGUUUGCCUUUCAGCAGUAAGACAGAAAUGAGGUCUGUUCUCACUUUUGUGAGACAUCUUAUGAAAUUGUGGGCUCAAGUGUUGUUUUCAUUGCCAGGGGCAAUCAUAGAGAACUAAUGCAAAACUCUUAGAACAAACUUCAGUGUGACAGCAUUUGCUUUCCUGCAUUAGCUCUGUACAGCAGGUGUCAGAGAGGUAUGAUGAUAUUAAUUGUUUACAUUUGACUAAGACAUGACCAUUUUGGCUGAAUGUCGUCUUACACACUGUACUUUGCACCACCACUACAUUGUAAAUAAAAGUGCAUUGUUGUUUUUUAGGACAGCUUGAUAGUUUAAAGUGAGCUUCUACCUUUAAAUGAAUUAAGAUUUUACUAAGGGCUUUUUAACUGAAUCUUUUUCAAACAAUGUUUUACCUCAAGUGUUUUGUACUUUACUUUUUUUGACAAUCUAUGAUGUCUAUGGAGUUGUACUUUGUAUUAAUUUGUUACACUAGCCCAGUAAAAAAAUAAAUACAUUUGAAUUGUACUGACA